AGAUCAAGACGCGCCGGGUUUCCACACACGUCCACGUCCCACGAGAGUUUGAUGUGAUUCGCCUUGCAGGACUGGACUGAUAACAUUCGAUUUAGGGACUUGGUUUUAUUUAGCUCUUGGUGGCAUGGAUUUGUCCACAAGAUAAGAGCAGGGGAAUAGCGUGACAUAAGCCUAUCAGACCCACAUACCAGUCGUUGCAUUGGGAAAAAGGGUAAGCUAUUUACUAUUUUUAACACCCGUUAAAUUUUUCUAAAACAUUUUGUCGUUUAGCUUUGUGUUUAUUAUUAUAGGAUAUUAUAGAACAAUCAACUUAAAUUCAGAUGCAUAGAUAUACUUAUAAUUGAUAUUUAAGGCCUCGUCUACAGAGUGCGCCAAAUAGUGUGUAUGCCAAAUAGUGUGUAUGCCCUACUCACUCUAGGAAAAGAAAAACACGUAGCCUAAAAAUAUUUUACUGCUAUUUUUUAAAGAUACGAAUAUGGGUCAGAAGGAAGAUCAUGCACAACAAUUUGAAGGAAUAAGGCAUGUGCAAAUAACAAUAAGAAGAAAUACCACAACAAACAAAUAGUGCAUACACGUUUAUUUGUAUGAAUGUAUGUGUAACAAUGCCGGCCUUUAGGGUGUGCGACCUGUGCACUCGCACAGGGUGCCGGCCGUGGUCAUAGGAUCGCCUGGGGCGCCCAGUAAAUAUUUAAAUUCCCGUAGUUCAUUAUAGUGAAGUGUGAACCUGAGUCCUGGGGCGAGAAACGGUAUUCUAACUUUUGGUACAAUCGCUUUUCCGUCCAAAUUAAUGUGCAUGUUAGAAUACGUAUAUUUAGCUACAUGUAUGGCAUCAUAACAAGUGCUUCAUAGCCUACAUCGUAAUCGGAAAAAGAGCGGAGCCAUACAUGGAAGGGGCGCCGAACGUGUGCUUCAAACGGGUGCUUCGCACAGGGCGUAAGUUUGGCCAAGGCUACCUUGCCUUGCUCUACCUUGCUCUACUAUCUCAUGAAUAAUAAACUCUCCAUAAAAAUUCGGACUUUAGUGAACUUUGUUUAGGUGGCCCUUUGUUUACGUGGCCCCUUUGUUUACGUGGCCCUUUGUUUACAGACCCUUUCUUUGGAAACAAUCUGUCAAUCUCCCAACUCAGCUUCUAGAAAAAAUUGUCAUGAUCAGCCCAUGAUAAACAACACUACACUCAAACACUUCCAGUUAGGAAGACUUGAACACUUCAAAUUAGGAAGACUUGAUCACUUCCACUUAGGAUGACUUGAACAUUUUCAGUUAGGAUGACUUGAACACUUCCAGUUAGGAUGACUUGAACACUUCCACUUAGGAUGACUUGAAAACUUCUAGUUAGGAAGACUAGAUCACUUCCAGUUGGGAAGACUAGAACACUUCCAAUUAGUAUUACUAGAUCACUUCCAGUUAGGAUGACUAGAACACUUCCGGUUAGGAAGACUAGAACACUUCCAGUUAGGAAGACUAGAUCACUUCCAGUUAGGAUGACUAGAACACUUCCGGUUAGGAAGACUAGAACACUUCCAGUUAGGAAGACUAGAACACUUCCAGUUAGGAAGACUAGAACACUUCCAGUUAGGAAGACUUGAACACUUCCAGUUAGGAUGACUUGAACACUUCCAGUUAGGAAGACUAGAACACUUCCAGUUAGGAUGACUUGAACACUUCCAGUUAGGAAGACUAGAGCACUUCCAGUUAUGAAGACUAGAACACUUCCAGUUGGGAAGACUAGAACACUUCCAGUUAGGAAGACUUGAACACUUCCAGUUAGGAUGACUUGAACACUUCCAGUUAGGAUGACUUGAACACUUCCAGUUAGGAAGACUUGAACACUUCCAGUUAGGAUGACUUGAACACUUCCAGUUAGGAAGACUAGAACACUUCCAGUUAGGAAGACUAGAACACUUCCAGUUAGGAAGACUUGAACACUUCCAGUUAGGAUGACUUGAACACUUCCAGUUAGGAAGACUUGAACACUUCCAGUUAGGAUGACUUGAACACUUCCAGUUAGGAAGACUAGAACACUUCCAGUUAGGAAGACUAGAACACUUCCAGUUAGGAAGACUAGAACACUUCCAGUUAGGAAGACUAGAACACUUCCAGUUAGGAAGACUAGAACACUUCCAGUUAGGAAGACUAGAACACUUCCAGUUAGGAAGACUAGAACACUUCCAGUUAGGAAGACUAGAACACUUCCAGUUAGGAAGACUAGAACACUUCCAGUUAGGAAGACUAGAACACUUCCAGUUAGGAAGACUAGAACACUUCCAGUUAGGAAGACUAGAACACUUCCAGUUAGGAAGACUAGAACACUUCCAGUUAGGAAGACUAGAACACUUCCAGUUAGGAAGACUAGAACACUUCCAGUUAGGAAGACUAGAACACUUCCAGUUAGGAAGACUAGAACACUUCCAGUUAGGAAGACUAGAACACUUCCAGUUAGGAAGACUAGAACACUUCCAGUUAGGAAGACUAGAACACUUCCAGUUAGGAAGACUAGAACACUUCCAGUUAGGAAGACUAGAACACUUCCAGUUAGGAAGACUAGAACACUUCCAGUUAGGAAGACUAGAACACUUCCAGUUAGGAAGACUAGAACACUUCCAGUUAGGAAGACUAGAACACUUCCAGUUAGGAAGACUAGAACACUUCCAGUUAGGAAGACUAGAACACUUCCAGUUAGGAAGACUAGAACACUUCCAGUUAGGAAGACUAGAACACUUCCAGUUAGGAAGACUAGAACACUUCCAGUUAGGAAGACUUGAACACUUCCAGUUAGGAAGACUAGAACACUUCCAGUUAGGAAGACUUGAACACUUCCAGUUAGGAAGACUAGAACACUUCCAGUUAGGAAGACUAGAACACUUCCAGUUAGGAAGACUAGAACACUUCCAGUUAGGAAGACUAGAACACUUCCAGUUAGGAAGACUUGAACACUUCCAGUUAGGAAGACUAGAACACUUCCAGUUAGGAAGACUUGAACACUUCCAGUUAGGAUGACUUGAACACUUCCAGUUAGGAUGACUAGAACACUUCCAGUUGGGAAGACUAGAACACUUCCAGUUAGGAUUACUAGAUCACUUCCAGUUAGGAUGACUAGAACACUUCCGGUUAGGAAGACUAGAUCACUUCCAGUUAGGAAGACUUGAACACUUCCAAUUAGGAAGACUAGAGCACUUCCAGUUAGGAAGACUAGAUCACUUCCAGUUAGGAAGACUAGAUCACUUCCAGUUAGGAAGACUAGAUCACUUCCAGUUAGAAAGACUAGAACACUUCCAGUUAGGAAGACUAGAACACUUCCAGUUAGGAUGACUUGAACACUUCCAGUUAGGAUGACUUGAACACUUCCAGUUAGGAUGACUUGAACACUUCCAGUUAGGAAGACUUGAACAUUUUCAGUUAGGAAGACUUGAACACUUCCAGUUAGGAUGACUUGAUCACUUCCAGUUAGGAAGACUUGAACACUUCCAGUUAGGAUGACUUGAAAACUUCCAGUUAGGAAGACUUGAACACUUCCAGUUAGGAUGACUUGAACACUUCCAGUUAGGAAGACUAGAACACUUCCAGUUAGGAAGACUAGAACACUUCCAGUUAGGAAGACUAGAACACUUCCAGUUAGGAAGACUAGAACACUUCCAGUUAGGAAGACUAGAACACUUCCAGUUAGGAAGACUUGAACACUUCCAGUUAGGAAGACUAGAACACUUCCAGUUAGGAAGACUUGAACACUUCCAGUUAGGAUGACUUGAACACUUCCAGUUAGGAUGACUAGAACACUUCCAGUUGGGAAGACUAGAACACUUCCAGUUAGGAUUACUAGAUCACUUCCAGUUAGGAUGACUAGAACACUUCCGGUUAGGAAGACUAGAUCACUUCCAGUUAGGAAGACUUGAACACUUCCAAUUAGGAAGACUAGAGCACUUCCAGUUAGGAAGACUAGAUCACUUCCAGUUAGGAAGACUAGAUCACUUCCAGUUAGGAAGACUAGAUCACUUCCAGUUAGAAAGACUAGAACACUUCCAGUUAGGAAGACUAGAACACUUCCAGUUAGGAUGACUUGAACACUUCCAGUUAGGAUGACUUGAACACUUCCAGUUAGGAUGACUUGAACACUUCCAGUUAGGAAGACUUGAACAUUUUCAGUUAGGAAGACUUGAACACUUCCAGUUAGGAUGACUUGAUCACUUCCAGUUAGGAAGACUUGAACACUUCCAGUUAGGAUGACUUGAAAACUUCCAGUUAGGAAGACUUGAACACUUCCAGUUAGGAUGACUUGAACACUUCCAGUUAGGAUGACUAGAACACUUCCAGUUAGGAAGACUUGAACAUUUUCAGUUAGGAAGACUUGAACACUUCCAGUUAGGAUGACUUGAUCACUUCCAGUUAGGAAGACUUGAACACUUCCAGUUAGGAUGACUUGAAAACUUCCAGUUAGGAAGACUUGAACACUUCCAGUUAGGAUGACUUGAACACUUCCAGUUAGGAUGACUUGAACACUUCCAGUUAGGAAGACUUGAACACUUCCAGUUAGGAUGACUUGAUCACUUCCAGUUAGGAUGACUAGAAAACUUCCAGUUAGGAAGACUUGAACACUUCCAGUUAGGAAGACUUGAACACUUCCAGUUAUGAAGACUAGAACACUUCCAGUUAGGAUGACUUGAACACUUCCAGUUAUGAAGACUAGAACACUUCCAGUUAGGAUGACUUGAACACUUCCAGUUAUGAAGACUAGAACAUUUCCAGUUAGGAAGACUAGAACACUUCCAGUUAGGAAGACUUGAAAACUUCCAGUUAGGAAGACUUGAACACUUCCAGUUAGGAAGACUUGAACACUUCCAGUUAUGAAGACUAGAACACUUCCAGUUAGGAUGACUUGAACACUUCCAGUUAUGAAGACUAGAACAUUUCCAGUUAGGAAGACUAGAACACUUCCAGUUAGGAAGACUUGAAAACUUCCAGUUAGGAAGACUUGAACACUUCCAGUUAGGAAGACUUGAACACUUCCAGUUAUGAAGACUAGAACACUUCCAGUUAGGAUGACUUGAACACUUCCAGUUAUGAAGACUAGAACAUUUCCAGUUAGGAAGACUAGAACACUUCCAGUUAGGAAGACUUGAACAUUUCCAGUUAGGAUGACUAGAACACUUCCAGUUGGGAAGACUUGAACACUUCCAGUUGGGAAGACUUGAACACUUCCAGUUAGGAAAACUAGAACACUUCCAGCUAGGAUGACUAGAACACUUCAGUUGGGAAGACUAGAUCACUUCAGUUGGGAAGACUAGAACACUUCCAGUUGGGAAGACUAGAUCACUUCCAGUUAGGAAGACUAGAACACUUCCAGUUAGGAUGACUUGAACACUUCCAGUUAGGAAGACUAGAUCACUUCCAGUUGGGAAGACUAGAACACUUCCAAUUAGUAUUACUAGAUCACUUCCAGUUAGGAUGACUAGAACACUUCCGGUUAGGAAGACUAGAACACUUCCAGUUAGGAAGACUAGAACACUUCCGGUUAGGAAGACUAGAUCACUUCCAGUUAGGAAGACUUGAACACUUCCAAUUAGGAAGACUAGAGCACUUCCAGUUGGGAAGACUAGAACACUUCCAGUUAGGAUGACUAGAACACUUCCAGUUAGGAAGACUAGAACACUUCCAAUUAGGAAGACUAGAGCACUUCCAGUUAUUAAGACUAGAACACUUCCAGUUAGGAAGACUAGAGCACUUCCAGUUAGGAAGACUAGAUCACUUCCAGUUAGGAAGACUAGAUCACUUCCAGUUAGGAAGACUAGAUCACUUCCAGUUAGGAUGACUUGAACACUUCCAGUUAGGAAGACUAGAACACUUCCAAUUAGGAAGACUAGAUCACUUCCAAUUAGGAAGACUAGAUCACUUCCAGUUGGGAAGACUAGAUCACUUCCAGUUAGGAUGACUUGAACACUUCCAGUUAGGAAGACUAGAUCACUUCCAGCUAGGAUGACUAGAACACUUCCAGUUAGGAUUACUAGAUCACUUCCAGUUAGGAUGACUAGAACACUUCCGGUUAGGAAGACUAGAACACUUCCAGUUAGGAAGACUAGAACACUUCCAGUUAGGAUUACUAGAUCACUUCCAGUUAGGAUGACUAGAACACUUCCGGUUAGGAAGACUAGAUCACUUCCAGUUAGGAAGACUUGAACACUUCCAGUUAUGAAGACUAGAACACUUCCAGUUAGGAUGACUUGAACACUUCCAGUUAUGAAGACUAGAACACUUCCAGUUAGGAUGACUUGAACACUUCCAGUUAUGAAGACUAGAACAUUUCCAGUUAGGAAGACUAGAACACUUCCAGUUAGGAAGACUUGAAAACUUCCAGUUAGGAAGACUUGAACACUUCCAGUUAGGAAGACUUGAACACUUCCAGUUAUGAAGACUAGAACACUUCCAGUUAGGAUGACUUGAACACUUCCAGUUAUGAAGACUAGAACAUUUCCAGUUAGGAAGACUAGAACACUUCCAGUUAGGAAGACUUGAACACUUCCAGUUAGGAAGACUAGAUCACUUCCAGUUAGGAAGACUAGAUCACUUCCAGUUAGGAAGACUAGAUCACUUCCAGUUAGGAAGACUAGAUCACUUCCAGUUAGGAAGACUAGAUCACUUCCAGUUAGGAAGACUAGAUCACUUCCAGUUAGGAAGACUAGAUCACUUCCAGUUAGGAAGACUAGAUCACUUCCAGUUAGGAAGACUAGAUCACUUCCAGUUAGGAAGACUAGAUCACUUCCAGUUAGGAAGACUAGAUCACUUCCAGUUAGGAAGACUAGAUCACUUCCAGUUAGGAAGACUAGAUCACUUCCAGUUAGGAAGACUAGAUCACUUCCAGUUAGGAAGACUAGAUCACUUCCAGUUAGGAAGACUAGAUCACUUCCAGUUAGGAAGACUAGAUCACUUCCAGUUAGGAAGACUAGAUCACUUCCAGUUAGGAAGACUAGAUCACUUCCAGUUAGGAAGACUAGAUCACUUCCAGUUAGGAAGACUAGAUCACUUCCAGUUAGGAAGACUAGAUCACUUCCAGUUAGGAAGACUAGAUCACUUCCAGUUAGGAAGACUAGAUCACUUCCAGUUAGGAUGACUUGAACACUUCCAGUUAGGUUGACUUGAACACUUCCAGUUGGGAUGACUAGAUCACUUCCAGUUAGGUUGACUUGAACACUUCCAGUUAGGAUGACUAGAACACUUCCAGUUAGGAUGACUUGAACACUUCCAGUUAGGAUGACUUGAACACUUCCAGUUAGGAAGACUAGAACACUUCCAGUUAGGAAGACUAGAACACUUCCAGUUAGGAAGACUAGAACACUUCCAGUUAGGAUGACUUGAACACUUCCAGUUAGGAUGACUUGAACACUUCCAGUUAGGAUGACUUGAACACUUCCAGUUAGGAAGACUAGAACACUUCCAGUUAUGAAGACUAGAACACUUCCAGUUAGGAAGACUAGAACACUUCCAGUUAGGAAGACUAGAACACUUCCAGUUAGGAAGACUUGAACACUUCCAGUUAGGAUGACUUGAACCAUUCCAGUUAGGAUUACUAGAUCACUUCCAGUUAGGAUGACUAGAACACUUCUAGUUAGGAAGACUUGAACACUUCCAGUUAGGAAGACUAGAACACUUCCAGUUAGGAAGACUAGAUCACUUCCAGUUAGGAAGACUAGAACACUUCCAAUUAGGAAGACUAGAGCACUUCCAGUUAAGAAGACUAGAUCACUUCCAGUUAGGAAGACUAGAUCACUUCCAGUUAGGAAGACUAGAUCACUUCCAGUUAGGAAGACUAGAUCACUUCCAGUUAGGAUGACUUGAACACUUCCAGUUAGGUUGACUUGAACACUUCCAGUUGGGAUGACUAGAUCACUUCAAGUUAGGUUGACUUGAACACUUCCAGUUAGGAUGACUAGAACACUUCCAGUUAGGAAGACUUGAACACUUCCAGUCAGGAUGACUUGAUCACUUCCACUUAGGAUGACUUGAACAUUUUCAGUUAGGAAGACUUGAACACUUCCAGUUAGGAUGACUUGAACACUUCCAGUUAGGAUGACUUGAUCACUUCCAGUUAGGAAGACUAGAACACUUCCAGUUAUGAAGACUUGAACACUUCCAGUUAUGAAGACUUGAACACUUCCAGUUAGGAAGACUAGAACACUUCCAGUUAGGAAGACUAGAACACUUCCAGUUAGGAAGACUUGAACACUUCCAGUUAGGAUGACUUGAACCAUUCCAGUUAGGAUUACUAGAUCACUUCCAGUUAGGAUUACUAGAUCACUUCCAGUUAGGAUGACUAGAACACUUCCGGUUAGGAAGACUAGAACACUUCCAGUUAGGAAGACUAGAACACUUCCGGUUAGGAAGACUAGAUCACUUCCAGUUAGGAAGACUAGAACACUUCCGGUUAGGAAGACUAGAUCACUUCCAGUUAGGAAGACUAGAACACUUCCAGUUAGGAAGACUAGAUCACUUCCAGUUAGGAAGACUAGAUCACUUCCAGUUAGGAAGACUAGAUCACUUCCAGUUAGGAUGACUUCAACACUUCUAGUUAGGAAGACUUGAACACUUCCAGUUAGGAAGACUUGAACACUUCCGGUUAGGAUGACUUGAACACUUCCAGUUAGGAUGACUAGAACACUUCCAGUUUGAAAGACUAGGACACUUCCAGUUAGGAAGACUAGAUCACUUCCAGUUGGGAAGACUAGAACACUUCCAGUUGGGAAGACUAGAACACUUCCAGUUGGGAAGACUAGAUCACUUCCAGUUGGGAAGACUAGAACACUUCCAGUUAGGAUUACUAGAUCACUUCCAGUUAGGAUGACUAGAACACUUCCAGUUAGGAUGACUAGAACACUUCCGGUUAGGAAGACUAGAACACUUCCGGUUAGGAAGACUAGAACACUUCCAGUUAGGAAGACUAGAACACUUCCAGUUAGGAUUACUAGAUCACUUCCAGUUAGGAUGACUAGAACACUUCCGGUUAGGAUUACUAGAUCACUUCCAGUUAGGAUGACUAGAACACUUCCAGUUAGGAUUACUAGAUCACUUCCAGUUAGGAUGACUAGAACACUUCCGGUUAGGAAGACUAGAACACUUCCAGUUAGGAAGACUAGAACACUUCCAGUUAGGAUUACUAGAUCACUUCCAGUUAGGAUGACUAGAACACUUCCGGUUAGGAAGACUAGAUCACUUCCAGUUAGGAAGACUAGAACACUUCCAAUUAGGAAGACUAGAGCACUUCCAGUUAGGAAGACUAGAUCACUUCCAGUUAGGAAGACUAGAUCACUUCCAGUUAGGAAGACUAGAUCACUUCCAGUUAGGAUGACUUGAACACUUCUAGUUAGGAAGACUUGAACACUUCCAGUUAGGAAGACUAGAACACUUCCAGUUAUGAAGACUAGAUCACUUCCAGUUAGGUUGACUUGAACACUUCCAGUUAGGAUGACUAGAACACUUCCAGUUAGGAAGACUAGAACACUUCCGGUUAGGAAGACUUGAACACUUCCGAUUAGGAUGACUAGAACACUUUAGUUUGGAAGAACACUUCCAGUAGAGACCGACCGAAAGUGAUUUUCUGAUUUCUGCAGAAGCCGAAAAUAGGCGGAAAGUUUAAAAUGACUUUCGGCCGAAACCGAAAAAUACCGAAAGUUUAAAAAUGACUUUCAGCCAAAACCGAAAAAAUACAAAAAAUGACUUUCGGAAAAUGAAAUAUUUAGAUAUUUUGAAAUUAAUUCCCGCAUACAUUCUGCAUACAUCAAAAAUGAUGGGAGAAAGUAUAAACAUUUGCAUUCUUUUUAUAAAAAAUGAGAUAAUUGUGAAUAUUAAUAAAUAAACAUCUAAUAUAACAUCUUGUUGUUAAAGAUCGUUUAGUUUGUUCUUAAAGAUCGCUUAGUUUGUUGCUAAAGAUCGUUCAGUUUUUUGUUAAUGAUCGCUUUAAUUGUUCUUAAAGAUCGGUUAGUUUGUUCAUAAAGAUCGCUUAGUUUGUUCCUAAAGAACAUUUAGUUUUCUGUUAAAGAUCACUUAGUUUAUUCUUAUAAAUCAUUUAGUUUACUAUUAAAGAUCAUAUUUUUGUUCUUAAAGAUCACUUAGUUUAUUCUUAAAAAUCGCUUAGUUUGUUCUUAAAGAUCGUUAGUUUUUUAAUUAAAGAUCGCUUUAUUUGUUUUUAAAGAUCACUUUGUUUUUAAAGAUCAUUUAGUUUGUUCUUAAAGAUCGUUUAGUUUGUUCUUAAAUGUCGCUUAGUUUGUUGUUAAAUAUCGCUUUUGCUGAGAAUUAGAUGACCGAAAACCUCAGUCACUUUCGGCCGGAUGGCCAAAUGGCCGAAAGUCUAAGUCAAUUUCGGCUGAAACCGAAAAAAAAAGAAAGUUAACUUUUCUCUUUCGGCCGAAACCGAAACUUGGCCGAAAGUGAUAAAAUUGCCACUUUCGGCGCCGAAGCCGAAAUUCGGUCGGUCUCUAACUUCCAGUUAGGAAGACUAGAAAAACUUGAACACUUAAAUUAAGCGUUUUCAAUAAUGGUGAAUGAUGUGAUGGUACAAAGUAUACAUGGUCUUACCCUUAGAGCUUAACAAUCUUUUUGUUGGUUUCAUGCAGAUGCGUCUAUCCACCUCACCCCCCACUUGAGUUGUUGAAUCCAAAAACCUUUUCCCUUUCCUGGACCUUGGACCUGGUAAAUUUUGUGUGUUUGUCAUGUCAGUUAUGGUGGUAAAUUCUGUCUGUGGGUCAUGUCAGUUAUGGUGGUAAAUUCUGUGUGUUUGUCAUGUCAGUUAUGGUGGUAAAUUCUGUGUGUGGGUCAUGUCAGUUGUGGUGGUAAAUUCUGUGUGUGGAUCAUGUCAGUUGUGGUGGUAAAUUCUGUGUGUGGGUCAUGUCAGUUGUGGUGGUAAAUUAUGUGUGUGUCUGUGAUCCUUUUCAUAAUAUUUGUGUUUAAUUCGGGAGGUCAUUACAGUUGAAAAUUCGAUGAUGAUAGAGUACUUUUAUAGCGCUUGUGUCAAUGUUAUUUUAUUUGAUAGAACAUUUUUGACUAUUCAAUAAUAAUUAUUAUCCCCCCCCCUUUGCCCCAAACUCAGAUUAGAAGCAAAAAGCUCCACCUCCCACCCCCGUGUAUACGCCCCUUUUUAUGGACUCUUUGGACCCAUUCUUUAAGUUCAACUAAAUUAAAUGUAAAUAAAACUCACGGAUCCCUCCCCCUCCCUCCCCGUGUAUACGCCCCUUUUUAUGGACUCUUUGUCAUUCUGUAAAAUAAAGACCACGGACCCAUUCUUUAAAUUAAACUAAAUUAAAUGUCAAUAAAACUCACGGAUCCCCCCCCCUCCCUCCCGAUACUUUGACCGCAGGUCCCUGGUCCAAAAUAAGGUCAAGUGGAUCAGUUGAUAACGUGACCAUCACAUGACCAUCACAUGAUCAAUCACGUGUUUCACAGUUUCUCUAUUGUCUCUCCGUUCUUACUUGAAAUCUUCUGUUUACCCCAUGCUCCUCCCACUCUUUUUACUGUCAUUGUUAUGUUACUCUUGUAGGGGUGCAAGACUUUGUCAAAUCACUCCCAAGGGGCUUUCCGAUAUAGGACAGGUUGUAUAAACCUUGUAACUAAAGAUGAAACCGGUUUAACUUCUGCAGCUAGAUGCAGUGCAGCACCGAUGGCAAUGCCGCACAAUUAUUGGGUGUAAAGGGGGACCAACAGUUAUGUCUUAUCUAGAUAGGACCAACAAUUAAGUCUUAUCGAUAUGGAACCAACAAUUAAGUCUUAUCUAGAUGGGACCAACAAUUAAGUCUUAUCUAGAUGGGACCAACAAUUAAGUCUUAUCUAGAUGGGACCAACAAUUAAGUCUCAUCUAGAUGGGACCAACAAAUAAGUCUUAUCUAGAUGGGACCAACAAUCAAGUCUUAUCUAGAUGGGACCAACAAUUAAGUCUUAUCUAGAUGGGGCCAACAAUUAUGUCUUAUCUAGAUGGGACCAACAAAUAGGUCUUAUCUAGAUGGGAUCAACAAUCAAGUCUUAUCUAGAUGGGAUCAACAAUCAAGUCUUAUCUAGAUGGGACCAACAAAUAGGUCUUAUCUAGAUGGGACCAACAAAUAAGUCUUAUCUAGAUGGGACCAACAAUCAAGUCUUAUCUAGAUGGGACCAACAAUCAAGUCUUAUCUAGAUGGGACCAACAAUCAAGUCUUAUCUAGAUGGGACCAACAAUUAAGUCUUAUCUAGAUGGGACCAACAAUUAUGUCUUAUCUAGAUGGGACCAACAAUUAAGUCUGAUCUAGAUGGGACCAACAAUUAAGUCUCAUCUAGAUGGGACCAACAAUUAAGUCUCAUCUAGAUGGGACCAACAAUUAUGUCUUAUCUAGAUGGGACCAACAAUUAAGUCUGAUCUAGAUGGGACCAACAAUUAAGUCUCAUCUAGAUGGGACCAACAAUCAUGUCUUAUCAAGAUGGGAUUUACUCUGAUUCAAGUAAAAGAACAAGGAAAUAAAGUAAGUUGACGACAAGUAGCCAUUCAUAUAAGGUUUUGCGUCCAGUUCCGCUGUGAAGACAAAUCGACGGUGGUUCAUCUGCCGAGUCCAUGGACUAGUCAACCGUACCCUCUCUUCACAGCGGGAAAGCUAAGUUAGGGGUGAGUUCUGACUGACUCGCGAUGAAGGGACAAUGAAUGAUCUAUUUAAAAUACACACUCGUCUGCCAAAGUUACAUUUCUCGUGAUGUAAUUUAAGAACUGACCCCCCUCGACCUUAGACCCGUAUGCUCUGUCGCCUCGGUCUACUUCCUCUCGCAACUACGCAGUGAACAAUCAUCUUGUAUAGCUACAGAAACCAGCUUUAUGCCAAGUGCCCCGCUCUGUCUUUCAUGUCAUGGAUCAUAGUUUGUUUCUGACCUGGAAUUGGCACACUUCCCGAUAUAUAAAUGUAACGGUCACAGGUGAACGAUUUGAUUCUUGUUGAAUGUUGAUACCCAUUUUAACCUGUAGGCAUCAGGCCUGACGAUUAUGUAACAGAGGUGAUUUGUGCAUCCGGGGUAGGCUACAGGCUGUUGUUGUAAAAUGUAAAAGAAAUGAAUGAUGAUACAGGCUGUUGUUGUAAAAUGUAAAAGAAAUGAAUGAUGAUACAGGCUGUGGUUGUAAAAUGUAAAAGAAAUGAAUGAUGAUACAGGCUGUGGUUGUAAAAUGUAAAAGAAAUGAAUGAUGAUACAGGCUGUUGUUGUAAAAUGUAAAAGAAAUGAAUGAUGAUACAGGCUGUUGUUGUAAAAGGAUUUUAAUUUGCUGAGAAGCAUUGGUUUCUUUGGAAUUCAAUUAUCAAUCAAACGUUAAUCAAAUCAUCGUCCAUUAUGCAAAUGUGGAAUAUAAACGUGUUAUGUAAGAUUUGAACUUGUCACAGGCCAACCUUAUAUGACAUGUGGGGGAGGCCCUCACGAAUAUGUGAUGAAGUGGUGUGGCGUCUAAAAGGUGUGACGUUGUGGGGAGUGGGGGUGUCGUCAACAUUAUCGUGACAUCAUCAAUGGAUUUCUCCCCCCCCCAACCCACCCCCAAAUUAAGAUAGUAAAACUCAUGUACAAAUCAAUCGUAUGUAAAGCUGAAGGCACCCAUCAUAUUGCUGUACACAGCAAGGACGCUGAAGGCACCCAGCAUAUUGCUGUACACAGCAAGGACGCUGAAGGCACCCAGCAUAUUGCUGUACACAGCAAGGACGCUGAAGGCACCCAGCAUAUUGCUGUACANAAGGCACCCAUCAUAUUGCUGUACACAGCAAGGACGCUGAAGGCACCCAUCAUAUUGCUGUACACAGCAAGGACGCUGAAGGCACCCAUCAUAUUGCUGUACACAGCAAGGACGCUGAAGGCACCCAUCAUAUUGCUGUACACAGCAAGGACGCUGAAGGCACCCAGCAUAUUGCUGUACACAGCAAGGACGCUGAAGGCACCCAGCUUAUUGCUGUACACAGCAAGGACGCUGAAGGCACCCAGCAUAUUGCUGUACACAGCAAGGACGCUGAAGGCACCCAGCAUAUUGCUGUACACAGCAAGGACGCUGAAGGCACCCAGCAUAUUGCUGUACACAGCAAGGACGUAUUUGUAACUAACAAUUUAGUUAUCAGAACUGGUUGUUGUAUUCAGGAUCACGCCGAUCUGUUUGUUGUAUUCAGGAUCACAUUGAUCUGUUUGUUGUAUUCAGGAUCACGCCGAUCUGUUUGUUGUAUUCGGUAUCAUGCCGAUCUGUUUGUUGUAUUCAGGAUCACGUUGAUCUGUUGUUGUAUUCAGGAUCACGUUGAUCUGUUUGUUGUAUUCAGGAUCACAUUGAUCUGUUUGUUGUAUUCAGGAUCACGCCAAUCUGUUUGUUGUAUUCGGGAUCAUGCCAAUCUGUUUCUUGUAUUCAGGAUCACGCCGAUCUGUUUGUUGUAUUCAGGAUCACAUUGAUCUGUUUGUUGUAUUCAGGAUCAUGCCGAUCUUUUUGUUGUAUUCAGGAUCAUGCUUAUCUGUUUGUUGUAUUCAGGAUCAUGCCGAUCUGUUUGUUGUAUUCAGGAUCAUGCCGAUCUGUUUGUUGUAUUCAGGAUCAUGCCGAUCUGUUUGUUGUAUUAAGAAUCAUGCCGAUCUGUUUGUUGUAUUCGGGAUCAUGCAGAUCUGUUUGUUGUAUUCGGGAUCAUGCCAAUCUGUUUGUUGUAUUCGGGAUCAUGCCGAUCUGUUUGUUGUAUUCAGGAUCACGCCGAUCUGUUUGUUGUAUUCGGUAUCAUGCCGAUUUGUUUGUUGUAUUCAGAAUCACGUUGAUCUGUUGUUGUAUUCAGGAUCACGUUGAUCUGUUUGUUGUAUUCAGGAUCACAUUGAUCUGUUUGUUGUAUUCAGGAUCACGCCAAUCUGUUUGUUGUAUUCGGGAUCUGUUUGUUGUCUUCAUGAUCAUGCUGAUCUGUUUGUUGUAUUCAGGAUCAUGCCGAUCUGUUUGUUGUAUUCAGGAUCAUGCUGAUCUGUUUGUUGUAUUUAGUAUCAUGCUGAUCUGUUUGUUGUAUUCGGGAUCAUGCAGAUCUGUUUGUUGUAUUCGGGAUCAUGCCAAUCUGUUUGUUGUAUUCGGGAUCAGGCCGAUCUGUUUGUUGUAUUCAGGAUCACAUUGAUCUGUGUGUUGUAUUCAGGAUCAUGCAGAUCUGUUUAUUGUAUUCAGGAUCAUGCCGAUCUGUUUGUUGUAUUCAGGAUCAUGCCGAUCUGUUUGUUGUAUUCGGGAUCAUGCCGAUCUGUUUGUUGUAUUCGGGAUCAUGCUGAUCUGUUUGUUGUAUUCAGGAUCAUGCCGAUCUGUUUGUUGUAUUCAGGAUCAUGCCGAUCUGUUUGUUGUAUUCGGGAUCAUGCCAAUCUGUUUGUUGUAUUCAGGAUCAGGUUGAUCUGUUUGUUGUAUUCGGGAUCAUGCCAAUCUGUUUGUUGUAUUCAGGAUCAGGUUGAUCUGUUUGUUGUAUUCAGGAUCAUGCCGAUCUGUUUGUUGUAUUCAGGAUAUGCCGAUCUGUUUGUUUUAUUCAGGAUCAUGCCGAUCUGUUUGUUGUAUUCGUGAUCAUGCCGAUCUGUUUGUUGUAUUCGGGAUCAUGCCGAUCUGUUUGUUGUAUUCAGGAUCAUGCCGAUCUGUUUGUUGAAUUCAGGAUCACGGGGAUCUGUUUGUUGUAUUCAGGAUAAUGCCGAGGAAAAUAUCUUCCGCCCGGGGUGAAGCCUGAAAAUAGCGCCCUUUAAUAUGUAGAAAACAGUGUCGGAAAAAGACGCUUUUGCGGAAAAAGACGCUUUUGCGCCCCUCUUCACUAUCACGUUCCUAAUACGGUGCCCCCCCCCCUUCUCUCAGCCCUAUUUGUAUGGCUAAGACCAGUGACGUAGCUAUGGUUAGUGCCAAAUCACUUCCAAGGCCACAAUUUUUGCCUGCUAGAUGGUCAGUAAAGGGGAGAAAAAAGUACUAUAAAAAGUAUUCAAUAAAUGUAAAGUGCAAAUUCAAUCAACUUAAUGACUAAGACUCACAACAACACCCCCCUACCCCUUUCCCUUUUUGUCAAGUGUGGGUUAUGUCUCAUUUGUUUUUAGGUUUUAUUGUACUGAGGUUUUUUCUGGUCGGCUGCUUCUCAUUAGGGAACUAUAGGCAGAAACACAGGUCCCCACUAGGGUGAUUGCAAGAACCUUUGACGGCUAUAAUGAUACAAUAUCUAACCAAUUUGAACUAGUUCUUUCAGUGUCGGUUAAAUGGCAUAUCUUAAAGUACAUUUUCCUCUUUUUAGCAUUGUUAACAGUGUCGAAUGCCCACAAAAACAGGGGCUUAACUACUAGCCAAGGGGGCCCACAGGGUUACGAGAGUCAGUGCCAGGGAUAAGUGUGGCGGUGCCAGGGAUUAGUGUGGCGGUGCCAGGUAUAAAUGUGGCGGUGCCAGGGGUAAGUGUGGCGGUGCCAGGGGUAAGUGUGGCGGUGCCAGGGGUAACUGUGGCGGUGCCAAGGGUAACUGUGGCGGUGCCAGGGGUACGGGUGAUGGUAUUCUACAUUUCAAAAAAAUUUUUUUUAUAUAAAUAUCUUCUUGUCAUCUUCAGUUUAGAAAAAUCAGAUGUAUGUGCAUUUUACUGAGCAGCAGAUGCUUUUGUGGUGAAUUUUAUUUGCACAUUAUUUGUGCUGGGGAAAUUAUUUUUUACUUUCAUCAAGUAAGGUAAAGAUGGAGAACAACCAUUUCUGAAUUAUUUUCAUGUUUAUUAAUUUUAUUACAAUGCUUUUUAUCCGGGAGGGAAAUGCUUUGAAUGAAAUCGAGUAGUAGUUUGACAGUGCAAAAGUGUAAAAGCUCCUUCACUAAAAAUGUCAUGUCUGGAUCAAACUCCUGGAAUAGGAAUGCACUUGAUGCAUUUGUCAUACACUUGGGAAAUAUGGGAUCCACUUGGGGAAUGGAUGUUCUGCUUGAGAAAUAGGGAUGACACUUGGACAUGUGACAUUUCUUUUGGGGAAUAAAGGAUUACACUUGUGGAAAAUUAUAAUGGUAUCAUGAAAGACGUUUACUCGCCGUAAAUGAAUGAUAAAAUUGCCAGCGAGUAGAAAAUGCUUAAUUGUCCCAGUCAACAUGGGCCCUAUUAUCUAACAAUCUCUUAUAGAGGCCCAAUUAACUAACACUCUCUUAAAGAGGUCCAAUUAUCUAACACUCUUAUAGAGGUCAAAUUAUCUAACACUCUCUUAUAGUGGCCCAAUUAUCUAACAAUCUCUUAUCAGUCAGCUGGAGGAAGAUAGCUCACUAUAUACCCCAUUCAAUAUGGAAGUCAAAACUUUAAAGCAUUUAAAGGUUUUAAAGCAUUGUUUUUAAACUUACUUUAUCGAUUGACCUUUUGGUUUAUGGUCGAAAGCAUAUAGAAACAAGGGCAGAACAAAAUCCAUUUUUCACAUUUUCUUUUUAAAAGUAGUGAUUCGGCCAUGUUAAAGUGUCACAACCACUUUGCAUUCAAUUUUAAACUUAUUUAUUUCAUAUUUUGUAUUGAAUAGGCAGCAAUCACCCACAUGUGGGUACAACACAUUUUAACUAUAUCUCAUUAUUGGCAUUCAAUGGCUCAGUCACCCACAUAUGUGGAGGAUUUUAGUUUUUCAUAGAGCAAAUUAAGUUCCACGCUAUUAUUUAUUAUCAGUGGCGAAAAAAAAAGGUCCCUGCCACUCCCUAAUCCAAUGUUUCCGACCAGUUCUAUAAGUUAAAUUACCUGAUCUGACCUGAUUGCUCCCUGACCAAUCCAUUGUCCAUUCAUCUUUACCAUUCAUUCCUCCACUUGUCUCACUCAUCAUUACCAUUCAUUCCUCCACUUGUCUCACUCAGCAUUACCAUUCAUUCCUCCACUUGUCUCACUCAUCAUUACCAUUCAUUCCUUCACUUGUCUCACUCAUCAUUACCAUUCAUUCCUCCACUUGUCUCCCUCAUCAUUACUGUUCAUUGAUUGGAAUAGAUCUGUCAAAUAUGUCAUUGUUGGUUGGUGGCACUAAAUAUAACUUUAACUCUCUCCAAAAAAAUAACAUAGAUUAAUGUCCAUCUUAUCUCCCUUUUCUUCCUAAGAUGCAAUGAUCUUAAAUCUGUUUAUUCCUUGUAAUUUGUUGUAUCAUGUGUUUACCAUUAACAUAUCCCAAUAACAUGUAAUUGUUGUUCAAUGUUUGUACCAUAUCCCAAUAACAUGUACUUGAUGUUUCAAUGUUUGUACCAUAUCCCAAUAACAUGUACUUGAUGUUUGUAUUGCGUUGUAAUAUACCCAAAUCACAUGUACUUGAUGUGUGAAUGAGUUGUACCAUCCUCUAAUUACAUAUAGUUGAUCUUUGAAUAUGUUGUACCAUCCACUCAGACAGAGCUUUCAUUCUUUGUAUUGACUAACAUAUCAUGGAAUAUGAUGGAAGCUUGACAGAAAUAUAUCCUAGAUUUUAUGAGGGAUAACUCCACAUGUUUUAUUGAUUGUUUCAAUCCAUGAUCAUGUUUGUCAUUAUUUAGUCUAAUCACUUGCCUGGCUGAUUCAGAUAUUUAAUGAUGAGGCAUACUUCAGAUAUAUUAACAUUAUAUCUGAUACUUUGUAAACCAUGUUAUGAAAAUGUAUUCACUGUUAUUUCAUGUGCAUGGUGCCUUUAUUGUUCAAGGGCAAUUCAUUUUCUUUUUAAACUGUGUCAUAUAGGCCCCUAUCUGUGUAUCUUAUUUAUACAAAUAAGAUAUUUACCCAAACAAGCGUAAAUAAUUUUAAUUCUAAUGAAGAUAUAAUGAUGGAAAUAAAUCUCCGUCUAUCCAUAAUACAUUGCAGUCGUUGUGUAUGUCAAUCUUAUACACACAGAAUCCAAAUUUUAUAAAGUAGCUUAAGGUACUCCUUGUAUAACAAUACAAAUGUGGGGCACUUAAUUUGAUUUUUUUUUUAAGUUCCCAUUUUUGGUGAAAGCUUUUAAUAGAGAUGAAUGUAUCAAAUAUUUACAAAGCUGCAGCACUCUACUAUUUUGACCUGGCUGAUACUAUUUCUACCCGGCUGAUUAAUUUUCACAUUUUCAUCCAAAAAAUAGAGAAAUAUUACUCUAUAUCAACGUAAUUAUGCUGUUAAACUUUGAAGCUUUUAAACUUCAAUAAAAUUACUAUAAAAAUAAAUAUCAUUUAUCAGCUGCAUUAAAAUAGGUGGACUUUUUGUGGGAAUUACAAAUUAUAUGACUUAACAAAUAGAAGAUUUUACUAUUAAACAAAAUCUAUUUACUUGUUUUAAUUUCCCUUGUUAUAAUUUAUCUGGUCUAAUAUCUUUCGUUUUUUACAGGUUUCGAGAAACUUUUUAUAUUAACAUCAACCACUGGAUAUACUACAAAUAACACUUGAUGCUCGUGUAAAUACUGGCAUAAAGUGACCAAAAUGACGAAAGAGGAUAAUGCGGUGACUAUGACAAAGUUGUCAAAGUUACCAUCGGAUGACAAUGUAGAUUCGAUUUCUUCUAAUGGACAUGUCAAGGAUGCCAUCAUCAAUGGCAAACAUGUCAAAUACACCAAUGCAGGUGAGAUCCAGGAUUCACCCGAGGAUGCUAACGAGGGUAAACAAGGAUGCUGUGGCCACAAAACACCUCAGGAAAAAUCAGACAUGGUAGGAGGAAUGGAGCUGGUAAGUUUGUCAGUUUGUAGAGUUAUGUCUAUAUAUUUUCUUUUCAAAAAAAGCAUCAUGAUAAAUUUGGGAGUUGUGCGCACUGCCAAUUUUAAAAUCUAGGUAUAGAAUACAUGAACACUGAAUAUUUCAGUUUUUAAUAGAAAUUUUCAAAUGUUUUUUUUUCCUCCAGUUUAAAUUUGCCAGGCACUUUGACAAAGUCCUCAUGUUCUUUGGUACUCUUGGGGCUAUUGGUCAAGGUGUUACCAUCCCUAUCAAUUUAGCCAUUUUUGGAGAGGUCAUCAAUGUAUUUGUUGAUGAUAAUAAUAAUUACAAGUAAGUUGUUGUUGUUGUUUUUUUUUUCAGGUGUUUCAUCAACCCAUUAAUAGUUGUUUUUUUAUAACUCAGUAUUUCUUUGUAUAAAAAAAAUCUUAAUCUGCUUUUUCUUCAAGUUCAACAAACUCAACUCAAGCUACAGAAAAACCCAAACUACAAGAAGAAAUUCUACCGUACAUCUAUGCAUUUAUUGGUAUUGGAUGUGGGUCCUUUAUCUGUAGUUUUGUUGCUGUGAGUUGCUGGUCAUGGGCUGCGGAAAGACAGGUAAAUUAAAAUACAUGGUUUUUAUUUUUUUCUGGUCUGGAUCAACUUGUAUAGUUGCAGGGAUAAUAUUAAUUUUUUUUUAAAGACAUUUCACUUAAAUGGCAUUGUAUUGUUGUUGGUUUUUAAAGACCAAUGAAUUGGCUUACUAUAACUUAAAGUGAAAGGAAACUAUCAUAUUCACUGAAAUCUUCGCCUUUUGGGUAUUUUUAACUACUUUCAGGUGAGAUUCUUCUAAAACAAUUUGAUGAAAGAUUAAAGUAUAAAGUUUUUUAUUUAAAUAAUAUGUCCUUAUCCUUUUUUUUUUUUCAUUAUGUGACUGAAUGAUAAUUUUAAAUCGUUUAACUCUUUGAAAGGUAAUAACUAUGAGAAAAAAAUUCUUCCAUGCUGUCAUGAGGCAGGAUAUUGGCUGGUUUGAUGUACAUGAGGCUGGUGAAAUAAGUUCCAGGUUUUCAGAGUAAGUUUCAAUAUUAAAAUAUGUUUCCAGUUUUUAACAGUAAAUUAUUUUUAUUUAUGAAAUCACUUGUAGUAAUAAUCAUUUUCUAAACUAUUGUCUGGGAGUUUUGGAAUAUGUUUAAGGCAUUGAAUUCAAUAUUUGAAAAGGAUUCUCCAACUAACAAAAAGCAUCUUGUAUAUAUUUAAUAGUUUUAUGGUAUUUUACAGGGAUGUCAGCAAGAUAGCAGAUGGUAUGGGGGACAAAAUGGCUGUUUUCAUUCAGUGGGUUUCAACAUGGAUAGCAGCUUAUAUAAUGGCUCUGACCAGGUCAUGGAAGCUUACCUUAGCUGUUAUCAUAAUAAGUCCAUUGCUUGUCCUUUCUGGUGCUCUCAUUGUCAGGGUGAGAAUCAUUCCAUUAUAAAUGUCUAGUUAAAUUCAGUCUUUAAUGCUUGAAACAAUAUAGUUCAAUUUAAUGGUGGUGCUCAAAAUAACUUUUCUCUUUAUAUACUUUUGAGGCAAAAAAAAUAUUUAAAUAGAUAAAUGAAUUGCAAAUCAGGAAUUUUUUUUUUAAAUCCUUUUUUUUUUUGUUGCAUUUUUGGUUUUUUAAUUUUUGGAUUUAGGUGAUGAGAAGAAUGGCUAGCCAAGAAGCCAAGGCAUAUGCCCAAGCUGGUGCUGUAGCUGAACAAGCUCUCAGGUCAAUUCGCACUGUGCAGGCCUUUCAAGGACAGGACAAGGAAAUCACAAAGUAACUUUUUUUAACAGCAAAAACAGUCAUGGUCUAAAAAAAGAUGGCUGCUAUAAAUAACAAAGUAUCUAACAAAGAAUAAGGUUUUAUAAAUAAUAGAAAAUAUUUAUUUCCCUUUAUUUGAAUCACAAGCAUAUCAUCAUGCAAUCACUUAUGGGUAGGCUAUUGCAGGUAAAAUAUUCAACUGCCAUGUAUAUGAUUCAUAGUCAAGCCAACCCCUUUUUUCAUUCUAUGAUAAACUAUUUCAUAUAAUGUAGGCUAGGCCUGCACAACUCAAAACAUAAGGCGGGCCAUAAUACUUUAUGAAAAACCUGUGCAGCCAAAGAAAACAGGACAGGACUUGUGCGGGCCUAAAGAAAAUAGGAUGAGGGGGAAAGCUAUUAAGAAAAUAAUAAGAAUAACGAAUAUUUCAUUACUUUGCUGGCCACAAAGUGGGUGCUGGUGGGCCGUAUGUUGUGCAAGUCUGAUGUAGGCUUUCUCCUUAAAAUUACAUUGUAAAAAGGAAAAUCAAUUUUUUAAAAUUUAAUUUGAUUCUAUGGUAAUUUUUAGUUAAUAAUUUUCAUAAAUAAAUAAACUACUUUUUCAAAUGCACAGAUAUUUUUUUAGCUUCAAACCUCAUAAAUAUUUUCUUCAGCAUGACAAAAUUUUGUAAAUUUAAAACAAUAAAAUAAAUAUUAAUGAUGAAAUAAAUAUAUAUUAAAUGUUGAAAUAAAAUAAAUUUUCUCUUGUUGUAAAGACUCAGUGUCAUGGAUGUCUUUUCAGAUAUGAAGAUAAUCUAACACUAGCUGUCAAGGUUGCUACAAAGAAAGGUCUGGCUCUUGGCCUAGGAAACUCUUCCUUGUGGUUCCUGCUAUUUAUUAUGUUUGCGGGAGUCAUGUGGUUUGGUAUUUACCUGAUCCAAGAAGACACUUUACUUGCUGGCCGAAUAUUGCCUGUAAGAUAUCUAUAUAUCCUUAUGCAUCAAUUACUUAUUUAAUUUUAAAAUUAAUCAUUAUUAUUGUUGAUGCCCUGCAUUUAUAAUGGGAAAAAAGGUAUUAUUGAUGAUUAUGAUUCUUGUUUCUUUAAAUUUUUUUCUUAAGUUAAAAAUUCGGUCAAUUUUAUUUAAUUUUAGCAACUUUUAUGAUUUUGAACAUUUUGUAUUAAGUUUAAAAUAAUUAGUUUAUAAAUCUAGCUUUCAUUACUAUAAUUGUAUAAUUUUUUUUCUUACUUAUGGAUAAAUAUAUGGAUAAAAGAUUUUAUUAUUUUUAUAUAUUUAAAAAAAUUAAAACAGGUUUUCUUUGGUGUCAUGAUUGGAUCAUUUGCUUUAGGCAAUGCAUUCAGUAACCUUGAGAGUUUUUCUAAUGCUCGUGGUGAAGCUGUCAAAGUUUUUGACAUUAUCUCCUUGGUACCAAAAAUUGACUCAUUUUCAGAGGAAGGUCUGAAGCUCCAAUCUCUCAAAGCACAAAUUGAAUUUAAAAAUAUACAAUUCUCAUAUCCAGCUCGGCCAGAUAUCCCAGUAAGUUAUUAAAAUUAAUUUUUGCUUGCGUGUGACUAUUUUUUUAUUAUUUUAUUAUUUUUUUACCAAAUACAUAAGUGCUCUAAAUAUAGAUCUAUAUUCAACUCCUACAAAAAAAAAAAAAAAAAUUUGCAAAAUUAUGUUUAACAAUGUAUGAAUUUCGAAAGAAACCUUGUAGUGUGCAACUGAAAUAUAUAAUAUGUAAUGGUUUUGAUAAAUGCAUUAACUGGUAUUUCAAGUCCUGCUUCAGUUUUUGAGAACCAUACUAUUUCCCCUGAAGACUCUUAAGUUUUUCUAAGCUCCAGAAAAUCACAAGGAAUUUAGUUCCAUAAUUGGAUUCGAUUUGAUCAAUGAAAUAAGCUGUUGAUUCUCAUUGACAGAUACUAAAGAACUUAAACCUGAAGAUAGAGCCUGGCCAGCAUAUAGCCUUGGUUGGUCCCAGUGGCUGUGGAAAAUCUACCACUGUCCAACUUUUACAAAGGUUCUAUGAUCCAAUCAAAGGAACUGUAAGUUUGUUUUUCUUUUGUCUAAAUUUUAAAGGUUUAAUUGUGUAUGUAAGACAAUUGUUUUUUAAAGUACUUACAAAUGCAUACAUAUCAGUCACUGUUAAAACUUACUUAACAAUUUUUUUACUUGAAAAAAAAAAAAUUAUUAUUAGUUUUCCUGCAUCUUCAUGAACAUAAUUUAGAAAUAAACUUUUCAUCAAAGAGUCAAUCAAAUUAUAAAACUGAGGUAAAAAUGUAUUUUAUAUCUUAGGUUAUGGUUGAUGGCCAUGACAUCAAAACUUUGAACUUGAAAUGGCUUCGAACUAAUAUUGGUGUUGUAAGCCAGGAGCCUUCUCUUUUUGAUGCAUCUAUUGAGGAAAAUAUCAGAUUUGGCAAGAUGGAUGCUACUGAAAAAGAUAUACAAGAUGCAGCCAAGGAAGCUAAUGCACAUGACUUUAUCAUCCAGUUACCAGAGGUAAGAAAGUUUUAAAAAAGAUUGGUUUAUUACCCAUUAAAAUCAAUGGAUGCCAUUAGAAAAUGCAUGGUUAAAGAUUUAUUUUAUCACACCCAUGUUUCAAUAAUGCAAUGCCCAAAGUUUUUAUUAUCAAUCUAAAAAAUUAUUUGACAUGUGUUACUACUCUUAUGUGAAGCUGGGACUCAAUCUUUUUCAUGUUAGCUUUAUGAAAAACCAUGAAAUAAUUUAAGGCUUGAAAUUCAUGAAAACAUUUGAAUUGUCAUUUCAAAUUUAACUUGAUGUUUAGAUAAAAUGUUAAUGUUACCAAAACCAUUUUCAGGGCUACAAAACAAAUGUUGGAGAAAGGGGUGCUCAGCUAAGUGGUGGACAGAAACAGAGAAUUUCUAUUGCUCGAGCGUUAGUCAGAAACCCAAAGAUUCUCCUUCUUGAUGAGGCCACUUCUGCUUUAGACCUAGAGAGUGAAGCCAUAGUGCAAAAUGCUUUGGAAAGGGUAAAUUUAUUGCGAUCUGAAAAUUUAAUAUUUGAGAAGUUUUAGCAAUGGAAAUCUUCAUUAUUAAAUUAAUUUAAAAGCACUACAGGAUUUCUUGACACCGCAGUCCAUGGCAGUAGAAUGUAGAUUAAAUUGGGCCGGGGGGGAGGUGGGGUGUCAAACACCCUGGAAGGUUGAGAAUAAAGUCCUUGCAGCAUUUGUUAAAUUUUUAUUUUUUCUAAAACAGCUUCAACAUGGAAGAACAACCAUUACUAUUGCCCAUAGGCUGUCCACGGUUCAACAUGCAGACAUAAUUAUUGCAAUUAGUGAUGGAGAAGUAGUUGAACAAGGCACACACAGGCAACUGAUGGAGGCUGAGGGACUGUACUAUCAGUUGGUUCAGAUUCAGGUAAUAAUGACUACACUUAAAAAUGUAGCUAUUAACAAACGUACAGAGGAACUUUUACAACAAACUAGGUAUGAACAUUUACAACAAUUCUAGGUAUGAAAUUUCAAAAUAACUCUAGUUAUGAACUUUACAACAAAUCUAGAUAUGAAAUUUUACAACAACAAAUCUAGAUUUGAACUUUCGUAACUUCAGUUGUAAAGGGGUGAGAGCUGGAAAUUCCAAUUUUCAAAACAGUUCAUUGUUUUGAAUAGAUCUUUAGAUUAUACAUUGUUAUUACAGUUUCUUGAACCCUUUUGAUACCAUGGUUUUCCAUUUUUCCAGAAUCCUGAGCUAUUGGUUGUGGCAUGUGUAAAUGUUUGGGGGCAAAAUUUAAGUAUUACAACCACUUGUAAUUAUUAUGAAAGUAAAAGUAAAGAAUGUCUUUUCACUCGUGAUGUAAUGUAUUCAGUACACAUCCCAUAAGUGCAGUAUAGGGUAAAGGUUUCAAAAAUGAUCAGAAAAAUCUAUAGAGGAUGCUAUUGAUAAGGAAAGAGCACAACAAUUAAAAGCUUAGCUGUUUCAAUCUUUUAUAUUUAGCAUAAAGUAUUGAAAAAAUAUUUUUUUAAAUUUUAGUCAAAGAUUCACAAGGAGUCACAAAUGGGUAAGCACUCAUUUUAUUUAUAAGUUUUUUUUCCACUAUAUAAACCAUACAUUUUGCUAGAGUAAUUUUGAUAACAACUUCACUGUCUGUCCUUCAAAUAUAUAUUAACAAAACAUGUCCUAUUUUCUGUGGCAUAACUAAAACAAAAUAUAUAUUUAGAUGGCUUACUUGGCUAGUACUUAAAUGCAAAUGUAUAAGAAAAAAUUAAUAAGAUCAUUUAAAAAAACAUUCAAAUAAAAUCUAGUCAAUGAAUAUGCAUAAAAAAUGUGGGGGGGGGAGUAAUUUUAGCUAUCAAACCGUUUUGAUCUGAUAUGGCUAAAAAUAAAACUGUGGAGACCCAUUAAAAUGUUGCUUCCAUUAUCCUCAUUAACAAUUAUGCUAUUAUUUUAUCGUGAAGGCCUCACAGUUUUAAUAUAAUAGUUUUGUGAUAGCUGUAAAACAUAUUUGUUUCAUCCUUUUAGUGUUUUUUUUAUAAAACAUUAAAAGUUUGAGGAAAAAAAAUUAUUUUCUUACUUUUCUAAUAAAGAGUAAAGAGUUGCUGCUUUCUCCCCAUUAUAAGUGAAAUCCAAGUCAAUUCUCACAAUUUUAAAUAUAUUUAAAGGUUUGAUUCUUCUCAGAUGAAUUUUAAAUCUGAUGACUUGGCUAAUCUCAAUUAAGACAGUUCUUAUCUAAUCAACUGUCAUUGCCCUUUCAAAAUAUUCUACACAUCUUUGCAUAACCUUAUUUUCAUAAAACUUGUGUUUAUUAAUUGAAAUUAAGUUAUUGUCUUUUCAAAGAAAUAUUUUACAUAGCUUUUAACUUCUUGGCGCUGUAAUCUUUUUAAAAAUAAAAAAUGCACAUUAUGUAUGAUAUAGGCCUAUGCUGAAAAUAAAUAUCCAGUAUUUUAAAGUCUAGCAACUGCUAUAAUUUGUUUAUCUUCACGUCUAUCUUAUGAUUAUAGAAAAUAUAUUAUUCAAUCUGCACUUUUAAAAAUCUCAUUAUUUGCAACAGAACAUAGGAAAAUAUAAGAAUCCCACUAUAUCCUGUCUUUUCAAAUGUUUAUCCCCAAGAAGUUUAUUAGAAUCACUAUUUCAAAGGACCCGAUUACGAUCGCUUUUAAAGACUUACAAUUAAAAAAAUACGUCUUGUGGUUCAAUGAGUUUUUUACCUUUUUUCAACAGUGGAAUAGGUUGAACUGGUCAAAUGUCUUUUAAAUCUUAUAUAUUAACUUUGCUUUUGUUUGUGAGAGGCUGACUGACUGGCUGGAUGGCAAAAUGUUUGGAAAGCUAAUUGGCCCACUUCCCAUCAAGCAAAGCAAUCGAACUGAAACUUGGUACAUAGAGAUUAAAAUUUUCAAUGCCAACCCCCAAAAAUCUGUUUUUCCUGUUCUUCAAGGGGAAGAUAAAAUGAAAUUCCUGACACAAAUUGGGAUUCUUGUUUUGUCAAAUUUUCAGUUCCAACCCAACUUUGCUUGAUGUUACGUUUUAAUUUACUGUGUAGUAGGUGACAUUUUCUAUGGGCUUUCAGAUCCUAACCUGGAUUAAAAAAUGGAGUUGGUUAUUGCUAAAACCCUUAUAUGUACUUUACUCCUUUAAAACUCUGGUCAACUAUAAUUAGCCACAUCAUUUUUAGAAGCUGUGGGGUUUUCUUUGUGUCUCAUUUCUUUCAACUGAUACUCCUAUCUUGUUGCCAACCUUGCUCACUAAGUUGAAGUGGAGGAAGCUCUCAGUCUUUUGUCCCUUAGAAAUGUGGACAGUUGUGAUGCAGGUAAGGAGUCUUCUUCUGCUUUCAUUGGUGUUUGGUGUCAAUAGCCUGGUCAGCUUUUAGAGUACUCAAAAAGGUACUAAAUUGCAAAUAAAUUUAUAGAUUCCCACUUUUCCUUCUGAUAUGUUGUCAAGUUGUAUCAGCAAUAUAAGUGAGUCAAGUUGUAUCAGCAAUAUAAGUGAACUAGAGUGUAUUCUUAGGUUACUCAAUUUUUCCCCCUCGAUUUAUAUUCAAUUUUGUUUUCAUUUAUUAUUAGUUACAAUUCUGACAAGAGUAUUUGCAUGACUUUAAAAAAAAAAAUUUGGUUCCAUUUUUGUUGGUGAAAAAGAAUGCAUUUUAUUCAACUUGAUACAAUUUUAACUCAGUAAACAUUGCUGCACAAUUUUGGUUUUGUUUCAUGGGUGAUGGUUCUUGUAAAUAGCUGAUUACUAGAUUCAAGAGAUGAUUUUAACAAAAUUCCUCAGAUGAGAAAAAUUGUUUGUAAAUAACUUUAAUGUAACUGUUUAAAAACACUUCUUAUGAAUCAGGUCUUUUCCCUUCUUUCAGGCCUUUCUACCCUUACAGUCUAGUAAUUUAGUUGCUUCAACCCUGAUUUAUAAAGUGCAUAAAUUAAAUUCAAUAGUGUUCAAUAAUAACAUUCUCUGUUAAAACUAUGGAUCAUAAACCAUUCUUUACUAAGCUUUGGAUCCCCCUCUAGAAAAGUAACAAUGAAUUUCAAAUGACCUUGUUAUUUUAUUACAUGAGGUAAAAUGUAAUUGAAUAAUUUUUUUAACAUCUUAAAAGUCAUAUCAUAACUUAAAAGCUAAUUUGGCUAUUGUUGAGUACAGUGCCCAUGGCGGCAUUUGCUUGUUUAUUCAAUAUUUGUGCAAGAGUCAUUCCCCUUUGUUUAUUUGAUUGUCGUAGGAAGUCCAGAUGGUGUGUUUUGUAUUAAAAUUUUGAUUGGUUGAUUAUUUAUAAUUUUAAAUUAUCAUUGGUUGGCUAAUUAUCAUAUUUUAUUUGCGCCACCAUCUUUUCAACAUGUUGGCCUAAUGCCGGCAGUUGUGCUCCAAUCAUUUGUGCAUUUUUUUUUAUUUGGAACCUGCAAAAAAGUGUGUAAAAGUGUAUUUCAUGAAACUGUAAGUUGGGUUUUCAUUAUUUCUUUGUUUAGAAUUAUUUUUGGCUUCUUUUUUGCCAUUUUUUGGGGGUUUUUGUUCAUUUUCAAAUUCCAUGUGUUUUUUACGGCUGAUUACUUGUGGCUUUAGGGUUUGGGUUAGGUUUAUUUUAUUUUUUUUUACAUUGGAGAGGGAUCACCCCUCCUCAGAUAAUUUAUUUGUUUCUGAUUUGGUAUUUAAAGUGUUUUGCACUACAUUUUGGCCGCCAUCUUGGUUGACACUUCAUGUGACUUCAUGUGGAGCGUCAACUAAGAUGGCGGCCAUGAUGGGAAACCCCGGGCAUCGUCCUCAACAUUUACCCCGCUAAUUUCUUCUGUGUUCUUAUACUCACUUUUCCUCACACCUCCUGAAAUACUACCUCCAUUUCCCUUGGUGGUUAUUUUUUAUUAUUAAGCUUUAGAAAACUUAUUCUAUAUAAAACGCAAUUGCUUGGCAAAAAUAUCUGCUUCAAAUUUGAAAAGUUGCAAGGCUAUUUUUUUUACAUUGUCAAAUUACUUCUAUUGUGUUGAUAAUUUUUUUAAUUUUAAAGGUUACCCCUUAUUUUAAUUUAAUUAUACAUUAGUUUCAUAAGAUGUUUUCAACAAUGGCAUCCUAUUCUUUAGUUAUCUUUUUAUUAAUGAAUUUCAUUAAAUUUAAACACAUAUUUCAUGGUUAGAGUUAAAAUAUUUUUUAAUUAUUAUUAUUAAUUAUUUUGUUUAUUUUUCUGUUAAUAAUUGUCAAAGACAAAGAAUAUCAUACAAUCCUACAAUGUGAUUGUCUUGGUAAACAUUACUACAUCUGAAUAAAGAAGGUAAUCAAUUUUUUUUUUUUUAAACAUUCACAGAAAUUGAAGAUGUUGAAAUUGUUCAGGAAGAUGAGGAUGUAAUAGGAGAGAAAGUAGCUGAUGAACUAUUAAGGACAUCAUUCAGAAGAACUUUAUCAGGGAGUCCACAAAAGAAAGUAAAGGAUGUGAACUUAGUUGUUAGAUCCAGUUUAAGAAAAGGAAAGAAAAAAUCCAAGAAAGAAAAGGAAAAUGAGGUUAGUGUUUCAUUUGAGAGAAUCUUAACUAAUGUAUUUCAGAUGCAUUAACUUUUUACUCAUAAACUGAAAUGAGAUGAAUGUGUUAUAUCAAGAGUUAACGUUCUACUUAAAGAAGAAGAAUCAAUGAAGUAAAAGGACUUCAUUAUGCUUUUCACAAGAAUUUCACUUCUUAUUUAAGAAGAAAUUAAAAAAUUUUUGUCUUCUUUAGUUAUGGCAUUAACUUAUGUGUUUAGCAUAGCAGGAUGAGAUUUUUUUUCCAUUCAUUUCAUACUUCAAAAAAUAAUGAAUUUUUUUUCAUCUAGGCCUAUAUAUAUAUUUUUUUUUUUAUUUUUUUUUUUUAAAUGUUCCUUCCAAGUAGAACAAGUUAAACCUUUUUUUCUUAAGCAAAUUAGAAGGUUUAUAGUUUAUAUUUUUAUAAUUUAUUUAUUUUCCAUUCAUUUCAUACUUCAAAAAAUAAUGAAUUUUUUUUCAUCUAGGCCUAUAUAUAUAUUUUUUUUUAUUUUUUUUUUUUAAAUGUUCCUUCCAAGUAGAACAAGUUAAACCUUUUUUGCUUAAGCAAAUUAGAAGGUUUAUAGUUUAUAUCUUUAUAAUUGAUUUAUCAGUAAAGAAAAUGCCAAUGAAAAAAAAGAGUGAUUCAAGGAAGAUAUAGAAAUCAAUUUUUAAGAUAAAUAAAUAAAUAAAUUUCAACAUUAACUCAUUGGUCUAAUAUAUUAGGAAAAUGCACAAGACUUAGAAGAAGCAGAGGCAGCAAGUAUGAAGGAAAUAAUGAGAUACAAUGCUCCAGAAUGGCCUCUUAUUGUUUUUGGAUGCUUUGGAUCCAUUAUUGCUGGGGCUAUCCAUCCAGCAUUUUCAUUUCUUCUCAGUGAAUUUAUUAAGGUGAGACUAAAAAUUAAAUUAAUUUUUUUUUUUUUAGUUUUUUUUCUGUGCAAAUAUCUUUCACAUUUAAAAAAAAUAGUUAAGAAAAUCAAUUUAUAAAUACGUUACCAUGACCAUGAUCUGACAUUGAUGAUUUUUAUGAUAAUUAUUAUUUAAAUUUACCAUACACUUUUAGUAUUAAGAAAAAUAAUUUUUGCAUGAUUUGUUAAAAAUAGAUUUUUGGUGUACAUGAUCAUGAUGAGCAGUGGUCUAGAACGCAUGUCCUUGGUGGAAUAGUUAUCGGAGUUGCCUUUGUUUCAGCUGUUGUCCGAAUGUUACAGGUAAAUAUUUUACAAUUAAAUACUGGCCUUGUCAAUUUACUCAACCUAUUUAUAGUAUUUAACUAAAUAAGCAUGCACAAGUAUACAAAUUACACCAUUAGAUAAUCAAUUGACUCAAAUCAGGUUGCUGUAAAUCCAGACUUUAAACUCAAUAUUCUCACAGGGCUAUUGCUUUAGCAAAUCUGGAGCGAUCUUAACAGCUCGACUCCGAAAACUAACAUUUUCCUCCAUGAUCAAUCAGGUUAGUAGGACUAUACUAUAAUACUAACUGCAAUAUUAUGUUAAGAAUUUAAAAAAAAAAAAAACUAAAUUUUUAAGACUGUCACUAUUUAUGAGAAACAAAAUUUUUUAUACUAAGUUAUAUAACUGCAUUUUAAUGCUUUGUUAUCAAGUAACAAGUGUAUUAGAUUUAAAUCAUUAAUCAUUUUCUGUUCAGGAUAUGGACUACUUUGAUAUGCCAAACAACCAGGUUGGAGCACUCACAACAAAGUUGGCUGGUGAUGCAGCUAUGGUGCAAGGGGUAUGUUUAAAAUAUUAGUAGGGUCCAUGCUAGCAAUGCCCAUUAAAACAAUGUUGGUAAAAAAGUUUUGUUUGAGAAUCAAAUGUUCAGAUAACUAGUGUUCAUCGGUCAUGUUGUGCAAGUCAAAAAUUAUAAUAAAACGAAUAGAGAUGGCAGUCAUUGUAAGAGCCCUAAGAAGCCCUGGCAUCAGAUCUGCUGUAGAUACCCUGUGUGUCUUUUAACAUAGGAAAAGUUCACAUCACUAUGAAAUAUUGGAAGUUAGAUAGGGACUGUGACAUAAUUUUCACUCUAUAUCGUAGCAAUUAUUGUUAUUAAUCCAUCCCUGAGGCGCUACUACCCAUGAAGGGCUUUGGUCGGCCUAAUCACUUCCUUCCUCUCAGACUUAAAUGAUGCAUUUCAUUUCCUUUGUAAUUGAAAAAAUAUGUUAACAAAAACUUUUAUUAUUCAUGCUAUAAUCCAAGUAACGGUUUUUAAAAAAAUAUUUUGUCACUUUACAAUCCAAUGUUAUCUAAUCUGAUGGGCAUAUAUAAAAAUGAAUUUAUGUACAAAAAUAUAUGAAAUCUGUUCCAUUAAAGGCCUGCUAUAUUUGUUCUAUUUAAACAGUUGAAAUAUUCAUCAAUUUUUAGAUCCCUAACAAUAUUAUGUUACUUUCCUAGGCUACUGGAUCUAAAAUUGGUCAAAUGCUUGAAGCGGCCUCCACUAUUACCUGUGCUAUUGUUAUAGCCUUUGUCUAUGGGUGGAAACUAGCCUUUGUUGUCAUGUCAUUCAUGCCUCUAAUGAUUCUUGGUGGUGUUGUUCAAGGCCAAGUGAUUGCAGGUGCAUCUAAAAAAGACAAAAAGCAGUUACAGCAGGCUGGAAGAGUAGGUCACCUUUUUAAAAUGUUAAUGCUAUAAUUGUAAUUAAUUUAUAAAUUGUAUGAGUUUUUAAAUAUAUAAACAUUUUAUACAGAAGAAACCAGGUGUGUUGUUCAUAAACUAUAGUUCUUUAUUGUAUUACCACUAUUAAAAAUAUUUUUUUGUCAUCCCAAUGGCUUUGAAACUGAGACCUCAUUAUAUUUUUUCUAACUUAAAAAGUUAUGAGUUAUCACUCACAGAGUUGAUUAAAUAUUUCUUAUGCAAGUAAUUUUUUUAUUGCCAGAUUUGUUCAGAGGUUGUAGAUGCCAUCCGAACAGUUCAGUCUUUGGGAAGAGAGGAUCAUUUUAUUCAAACAUUUGAUGGCUUAAUAGAUUACACCAGAUCGUAAGUUUUAAUUUAUUUAACCAAGUUCUAAAUGUAGACGAUCAAUUAAAGGUCAAAUUCAGAAAACUUGUUAAAAAAUAAUAAUUCUGUUAUUUUAUACAAUUUUCAAUAAGAACUUUUGUUUCCAGAUCCAUGCGAAAAAUGUCUCUAGUAUUUGGGUGCACUUAUGCAGUUGCCAACUGCCUCAUCUUUUUUGCCUACGCUGUAGCUUUUUAUUAUGGCUCAGUCCUUGUCAACGAUGGGGAGAUGGAGUUUUUUGAAGUGUUCAGGUAUGCUGAUAAAUAUAUAACUAUCAAUUUUGCUUGUUUUGUAAGGCAAUUAUUUUAGGAACAUGCAGAAGUUAUCUGUAAAAAAAAUUAAAAUGUAACCAUAAACUUUGAUAAGUUUCCUUAUUGUUUAAUUUCCCUAAAAAUGUUAAUUAUUUUAUCAAUUAUUGCUCUUUUUUUUUUCAUUAAAAAGGACAUUAUAAGCCCAGUUUUUUUAUUUUAAAACUUAUUUUAAAAUGUCAGAUUUUGUACUAUGUGCUUCAUUUCUAUUGUAGAGUGUUUGCUGCAAUUAUUUUUGGAGGUAUGAUGAUUGGCCGCCAGUCUUCAUUUGGAAUUGACUACACUAAAGCCAAAGUUGCUGCUGGACGUAUUUUAACUCUAAUUAACAGAAAACCCAAAAUUGAUGUCAGAGAAAAAGAUGGUUUGAAGCUAGUAAGCUGGUCUGUGUGUUGACCUUAUUUUAUUUUUUUAAUAUACUUAAACAUCUUUAUCGCCAGAUUUUAUAUCUGAAAGAUUUUAAAAUGCUAGUAAUAUAUGCUAUAAACACAAAACUUGAUAUCAAUAAAAGAUCUUUGUUUUAUGCAGAUGCACAUACAAUAAAAGUUCAUAUAAGGGAGUUUUUAUUGAAAAUUAAAUACCGGUAUCUUUUUGUUUUUAAUUUAAUUUAAAUUGUUGAAUUUAAAACAAAGAAGCAUUUAAAUUCAUUCUUUUUUAAUUUACCCUCCAAUUCGAUUUAAUUAGCCUUACAUUUCACUGCUUUACAAGCUUCAUUGUUUUUCUUUCCCCUCCCCACAUUAUCUUAAUUCAAGCAUUAAAUUAAAUCCUCAGUUGUUAAACAAAUUUCAAAAUAGAACCAAUAAACAAAGUUAAAUUAUAAUUAUUAAGAGAUGCUUUGCAUUUAAAAUUUACCUUUAUGUCAUGAUAAGAAGAAAUCUGUUGUCAAUUUUCCUUUUUAUUGCAAACAGCUUUACAGCUGUCACUGAAUCAUUUAUUACAUUUUUUAGGAUGAAUUUAAAGGGGGAAUUACAAUAUCCAGUGCCACAUACCACUACCCCAGCCGGCCUAAUGCUAAAGUUCUUGACGGAUUAAACCUAAUUAUAAAUCCAGGAGAAACGGUAGCCCUUGUGGGUGCUAGUGGCUGUGGAAAAAGUACUACAACGCAACUUAUAGAACGGUUUUAUGAUGUUGACUCUGGAGCAUUGGUAAAUAUUUUUUUUAUAUUGAUACUGAAAUUUUUGUUUGCAACUAACUGAUAUAUAUUAUGAAUCUCAUAUGUGGCAAUGUGCCACUAUAUAAGAGAAUCCACUCUCAUAGUGUCACUGCUAUGGGUAACCCCAAGCACGUACACAUCCAUUAUCCAUGGUCAUUCAACGUAACACUCAGCCGUGUACUGGCCUUAAAUUUUAUGUAGGUUAUUUACACGCGGGAAUAACCAUCCCUGCUCUAGGGGGGGGGGGGGCGAACUGGGACUUGAGGUGUGUACAUUUUUGAGAUUGUGGUGUGGAACGGAUGCGUCGGGUCGGCGGCAGGUGUGAGAGAUUUUCCUGUCGGCUCUGUCAACGGAUUCUACCUUACAUUAAACAGCUAUAGUUCUCAGACCUGAUUGUUUUAUUGUGAUUUCAUUUAAACUGUAAGCUACGUCAUCCACUCGGCUACACAUAUUUGCUUGAUAAUAAAUAGAAACAAGAAUGUGAAGACUGUUUUUUAAUUAAUUUUCUUUUUAAUGUGAAAUUAAUUAGAGAACUUAAAUAAUAAAAAAACACAAUGAAAAAUAAACAUGAACAAAAAAUUAUUUAAAUAACUAUUUAUUAGGCUAAAUCCUUUUAGGCUUUGAUAGAAUAUUUAAAUAAUAUAUCUUAAUUUUUCCUGAAAGAAAAUGAGCUGAACAUGAAUUAUUUGAUUUAAAACUUUUUUUUACACAUUGAUAAAUUGUUCUCCUUUUGCAGAUUGUGGAUGGUAAGGAUCUUCGUAGCCUUAACCUUGAGUGGUAUAGAAAGCAGUUGGGUAUUGUUUCCCAAGAACCAACUUUAUUUGACUGUAGCAUAGCUGAAAAUAUUGCCUAUGGUGAUAACUCUAGGGUUGUUCCAAUGGCAGAAAUUAUACAAGCAGCCAAAGAUGCUAACAUCCACACUUUUAUUUCAAACCUGCCUCAGGUAAGAAAAGUUCAUAACUUAAUUCAAUUUGCAGGAACCAAGUUAACUUACAAAGAUUACUUAAAUUGUGAAGCCUUUAUUUAAUAAUCAAAAGUUCAAAUCAGUCCAUAAAAUGUCCAGCCAUUAUUUUCAUCCCAGCACUCUAUCUCCCUUCUGAAAAGGCCAACUUGAAAAAUCAACUAUGAGGGGAAACCUCAGAAAAAACUUGAUUGUUAUUAAGUAUUUAAGCCCAAGUCCCAUGAUUUUGCAUCUAGCACCAGCUAUUUCCCUCUAUAUGAUAAUCACUACGACUCAUGCACAUGUUUCAAAAAAAUAUCCUAGCCAUGAUGCCUGCCAGUAAUACAAAAAAGUAUGCUCUUGGGUUUUUGGGGGACACUGCUCAGAAAGAUCACUUGAUAAAGGCAGACCCAGGUCUAGCUGUACAUCACUUGAUAAAGGCAGAUCCAGGUCUAGCUGUACAAAAAAAUUGUUAACAAAUUUUUAAAAAUACUUUUGUUCUCAAGUUCAAUCACGUCAGCAAACAAAGAACAACCAGGUACAUUUUUAAUGUAUUUUUUAAUACAGCCUCUUAUAUAAAAUCAGUUGUUUUUUUGUUUUGUUUUUGUACAGGGAUAUGACACCAGUGUAGGUGAAAAGGGGGCACAACUUAGUGGUGGACAAAAACAAAGGAUAGCCAUUGCCAGAGCUCUUGUAAGAAAACCUAAAAUACUCUUACUGGAUGAAGCAACAUCAGCAUUAGAUUCUGAGAGUGAAAAGGUAAGACUUAGAUUUAUGAAAACUGAUCAAUUUUGCAUAGUUUCCAUCUCAUGUAAAAACCUAAAUUAAACAAACACAAAUGCUUUUAUUUAUUAGGAUAUGUUGUUUGUCCUUUACAUGCAAAGAUGACCAAGGCUAUAUUACAUGGUUAGCAGGCUGGUGACAUGCCAGCACCAUCUGCACCUGAAAACCUUUCCCGCGUGUGGGACACACCUUUUUAUCAUGCCCUAGUAGGAUUUGAGUUGAUUUUGCAUUUUCUUGCCAUGUCCAUAAAUUUAAAUGAAGCUUUUCAGACAGUCCUUGAAGCAUAUUUUCUGCCUACCAACUGAGCUCUUCCGACUGGAGGGUUCACCAAACAGUCAUUUUCGGAAUUCAGCUGUCUGGAAUUCUUGCAACAUACCCUGCCCAUCUGGUUUGUCCUUUUUUGUAGGAGCAUUUUGAUGCUAUACAAUCAAUGCGUUGUAGGACCUCUGUAUCAGGGACUCUCUCCUGCCAUCUUAUGCAAUUGAGUUUAUGUAGGCAGCAUAGGUUGAGAGAGGAUUAGCUGUCAAUCAUGUCUGCUGUACACUGUCCACAUCUUGCUAGCUUAUAGGAGAGAUGUUAAGAUGAUUGCUCUAUAUACCUUCAGCAUAAUGGCAAGACUGAGAGUACUGAGACCUCUUUGCUCCUACACACUCCUGCGUAGCCUUCCAGAUGCAACAUUUGCUUUGAAAAUUUGUUUAUUGAUCUCAUCUACUGUUGCUGACUUGGAGAGGGUGCUGCCUAAAUAUGUGAAUUUUUCUAAUGCUUGGAGAAUUGAUCCAUUCACUGAUAUUUAGGUCCUUUGUAAGUGUUCCAUGGAGCUGGCUGGUACAAAAUCUUCUUUUUUUUUCGUAUUGAUGGUGAGGCUGUAAUUUUUCAUAGGCUUUAGUAAAGUGAUCAAGUAUUUGCUGCAUUUUCAGUAUCAAACUUGCAUUUUGGGCAAUCAUCAGCAAACUGGAGGUCUCAAAAUAUUGUUUCUUAAAUUUUCUUAAUUUGAGUUUUUAGUACACCUAUUUUUAUUAUACGUCUUGUGCCCAGAAACAAAAAAAUUAAUAGAAAAUAAUUUUUUUUAAAGGAGAAAAUGUAGCCCAUUGUUGAUAUUAACAUGGUUUUAAAGAGUUAACUAGUGUUAUUUUUUUACCCAAGUGAAUUUGUUUGCUAUGUUUGUUAAGUUCCUGAUGACCUAAUAAAAAAGCUUAUGUGUUUGUUUAAAUUAUUUGAGUUUUCAGUCAUAUCAGUCAUACCAAAACAUUUUGAAAAACAAAUUUCCCAUUUAAAAUUCUGGCAGCUCAGUGCUCACAACUACAUAGGAUAUGAACAACUUUAGGUUUUUAAUGUUUUGAUUUAUUAUUUUAACCUAAAACAUAACUUUUAAAAAUAAGCAAAUGAGUAAUAACAGAGGCAUUACAUUGAAAAGUAUACAAAAUCCUUUGUGCUUUUGAAUAUAUUUUUAAAAAAUUAUAAAUUUACAUCUUCUUAGCAUUCUAAGACAUAAACUUAAGUAACUUCCUGUCAUAUUUAUUUACAGUUAGACUAUUUGUUGUUUCAUUUACAUCUCAAGGCAUAUUAGUUCUCUCAUUAUAAAAAUUUAAUAGAUUGUCCAAGAAGCCCUAGACAAGGCUAGUCAAGAUAGGACAUGCAUUACCAUUGCUCACAGAUUAUCGACCAUUCAAAAUGCAGACAAAAUAGCUGUGUUCAGCAAGGGAAAAGUGGUGGAAAUAGGAACCCACCAACACCUUGUCACAAUAAAGGGAGCUUAUUACAGAUUAUUAAUGGCACAAAACAGGCCACACAAAUAAUAUAUUAGUAUGUAUUUUUUUUAGUUCUGAAUGCCAAAAUUUUGCUUUGAAUUUUUUGUUGGAAUAUUUCUUAUAUAUGUCUAGCCCAGUGGUUUGCAACCUUUGUUUUCAUUCGCUGAAACUGUCAACUAAAGUUAACACCUAACAUGCAUUUGGUGGGGAGCAAGGUGCAAGAGAAUGGCUAUUUUUGUAUGUGACUAUAUUACUGGUCCAAAUCAAAUUCUUCAUUGUUAAAAUUGACUUUUACUCCUUUCAAUCCAAAUCUUGUGACACAUGUGAACCUGAAAUGACCCUCCAGUAUGUUGCUAGGGUGCAGACCUCUGGUAUAGCUUCAUGCCAGUAAUAUCUUAUUGUUGUAUGAGUAAUUCUAUGGAAAUUGACAUGUGUACAAAAUUGAGAUCCAUAGAAUUGUAAAUAUUUUGAUUUUUUUUUCAUUUAUUAACAUAAAAUAAACAUUCUUUUAAAACUGUAUAAAAUAAAAACAUAAUUUAUUUUUCAUUUAAAUUCAAUGUUUGAUUAUGAUUUUAUUAUUUGCUUAGUCUAUCUGCUACAUGAAUCUCCAUUGACAUAUCCGGUUAAAUGUAAUAUAUAUUGUAAAUAUGUGAUAAGUUAUUUUAAGAUGUAUGAAACCAUUUGUUGUUAUGUUUUGCAAUUAAAUAUAUGACUAAAAAAUGUUAACUUUUAGGAGUUUGUUAUUAAUUAUUGGUUACUUCAUUUUAAGUUUUGAAAUUAUGCUUCCCUCUGCUCUAUUUCAUUAGAAUUUAUUCAAUUUAAUAUAAUACAUAUAUAGGUAGUAACCCUAAUCUAAAGGGAUAAAAUUCGGCACUGGAUUAGACUUUGAGCUGUAGAGGGCUUUGUAGCAGUGGCCCACUUGAGUCCCUCUAUUAGACUGUCAUUUUACUUGGGGAUGGCAGGUGUCAAGUUCUACCUAAAACUUUUGAAAGCUUUGUCCAAGAUGUUAUUUCCACCUUAACCCACAUAUUUGGGUUUUAGGGCAGUGGUACUGGGUGGCAGUGGUCUAAACUGAGUCAAUCACAAGCUUGUGGACUGGUGUUCAAUCCCUAGAAAAAGCUGAGACAAGCAAAAGAAAACCUUCCCCUCCCCGCCAAUGGCAAUUCAUCUAAGAGAAGGCUUACUCUGUUAUCAAACCCGGAGAUGGAGUAAGGAUGAGAGAAUGACACUGACGAUUGAGUAACUCUCCCUCACUUUAAACAAAAUACAAGUCAAGGCUACUACUCAAGUUUGAAGUCUCGGUCAUCUUCGCAUGUGAAGGAGGAAUUGUGUAUAUAUAUAUACUAGGUGGGCAAGCAGCACUACAGGUAGGCCAUUCAAAGCACAGGUUAUCAAUUUACAAUUGGGAAGAUUGCUUCAACACUAAUUUUAUCCAAUCCCCCAUUCCCGCUCGCUGAACAACAAACAAAUCUUUCAAUUUAUAAAACUAGUUUUUUGGAUCCUGUUCAAUGUUUGUGAAGCUGUUGUUUUUUUUUUAAUGCAAUCUUUUUUAACUUCAUGUUAAGUAAACAAAAAAAAUGUACUUAUAAUUUUUUAUCUUGCUAAGAAAAUGACAACAGUAGGGAAAUUUCAAUCAAUGUUCUCAACUUCACAUCAAAUGAAUAUUUUUAGAAAAGAACUUUUCACCCUCAAUUACUUUUUAUUUUACGCUCCAAUUCAGCAAAGGCAUCGUGAGAUAGUUUGUGUACCAUAAAUGGAAACUCUCAAUCCAUUGGUUUAAUAAUUAUUUUUAUUGUCAAGGAAAUCUAAAGGCUACGUGGCAUCAUCAUGUUCAAAG